CUGACCGUUGAGAAGCCCCUCAAUUCGAAUUGCGUCAGUUUGACAACAGUUGUCAGUUAUGCUCAUUUAUUUAUUUUCUUACCUUUGUUUUGUUAAACGCGCUCAAAAUUUUUGUGCGAAAACGUUGUUAGUUAAAGAUACAUAUAUAAAUAGGUUUCUUUUGGUUGGAUUGGUUUCCAUGAAUGGAAACAUUGAUCCGGAUUUGAUAUGCCACCGGUUAAUGGCAAUGCAGAUUCCACAAGAUAAUUACUUUACGAUGAGAAUUUCAUACAAGUUUAACGUGCUGCCACUGGCGCUGCAGAUUACUCAGAUUGCGGGAAACCUGAUGAACCGAACUUUACCCAGGUGUUGGACCGAGAAAAACGAAUUCUUCCUGCAUGCAUUUACCGAAAAGGACUACAUCGCGCCGGAUAAGGCUCUCAGAGCUGGAACAGAUUUUAAUCAAGAGAAACCGGAAGCGGCUGCUGAUCGCAGCAAACCUGAAAAUAAGGCGGCAUACUCCGGCGGCCUUGUGUUGGAAACGAUAAAAGGAUUCAACGGCAAAUUUAUCCUGCAAAUGGAUUACAGCUCCCUUUACCCCAUAUCAUCCGGUCCGGGAGUACCACAUUUCAUUCACUACGGUGCUAUCGCCGACGACCGAUGCAGUAGAUGGUGAGAACGCCAGCAAUCAGAUCCUCCAAACAAGCGAAAUGGGAAUAUUGCCCUGUCAAAUUCUCAAACUCGUCGAGAGCAGAAAGUCAGCGAAACAACUAAUGAAAGCACCUGGUCUGUCACCGGAACUUAACAUGCAGUGCAACAUUUACCAGAUGGCGCUCAAGCUUCCGGCUUCCGGUUGGCGCUACACUAGAUCCUGAUUCUAUGCUCAGCACA